AUGACAGACGCGGAAGUCACGUGACCACCCCGCACCGGCUGAUGGGACCGGGCGGAGUUUGUCAGAGAGGAAGAAGAAGAAGAAGAAACCCUGAGUGAGCAGUUCAAAGCACAGCUCAUACAUUUCCUAUAUAUUCCGUACAGUCAUGCUGCUUUGUGCGCCCGUUGUACGGUGAUCCGGAGCUCCAGCGCGUGUUGGUUACGUGAGUGUGACAGGACGAGGGGAACGUUUGCCGGUGCUCGGGCCUGGGAUGGCGCAGUGUCUGCUCUCCGUACAUGAGUUUCUGCAGGAUUCAUUCGUUCCUCAGGUGGCCGCACUUUGCAGCGAGGAGGCGGAGAACUUGGCCCGGAAGAAUCAACUCUCUUUCUGCGAGCUGGUGCGACCUUUCUGCCGCCUGAGUUCGGAGGUUCAUAUGAGAGAUCCCAGCAACCAGCUCCAUGUGAUAAAGAACCUAAAGAUUGCAGUCAACAACAUUGUUACUCAGUCGCCCCAGCAAGCAGCAAUCAGGAACAUUUUAAAUGAUGUUGUCUCAGCUAGCCAGCCUGCAGAGGGUUUAGCACCGAAUGUCAUUACUGCUGGAGAUUAUGACCUGAACAUAAGUGAUCGUUCAUUUAAAGCUAGUGUUCCUUGGUACAAUAAUUGGAAAGACACAUUGAUGGAACUCAACAUGUCCAAGUUUUAUUCAGCAACUACAGCUUGGUUUGAAUCUUACCGGGAAACUUUUUUUCAGUGCACGCCAGCUUCUGACCAUGAGUUCUUAAACCACUACUUGGCCUGCAUGUUGGUAGUUUCCUCACAUGAACCGGAGCCUUUGGAACAGUUUCUUAAAUUGUCACAAGAGCAACACCGGAUUCAGCACAGCACUGAUUAUUCAUAUCCAAAAUGGUUUACACCCAACACUCUGAAAUAUUAUGUGCUGAUGCACGAUGUCAGCAGUGGGGACGAGCAAAAGGCUGAUUCAAUUUAUGAGGAAAUGAUACAAAGAUAUGGAUCUCAGGGAUGCUAUUUGUUAAAGAUAAACUCUCGAACAUCCAACAAAGGAACAGAUGAGCAGAUUCCUGAUCCAUGGAGCCAGUAUCUGCAGAAGAAUUGUAUACAGAAUCAGGAUCCUAAUGAAGCUGGUUUGAAUAGCAGUGCACCAAAUACGAAUGCAGAGCAUGUGAUCUCUGUGGAUGGAUUGGAGAACUCUGUGAAAGAUGUUUUAUCGAAUAACUUUCAAGUUCACCCACUUCAGCUUGAUCAGAUGAAUGACUGCAGCGGAAGUUUGGAUGGGCUUGAUAAUAGCAGAACUCUUGGAUCAAUGAAUGAUACAAAGAAGUCAGGUGCUGGUACCCCUCAUGGUACAUCUUUGACUCUUACUGACCAUGAUCGUAUUAGGCAGUUCAUACAAGAGUUCACAUUUCGAGGGCUCUUGCCCCAUGUAGAGAAGACAAUUCGACAACUGAACGACCAGCUAAUAUCCAGAAAAGGACUGAGUCGCUCAUUAUUGUCUGCAACCAAGAAAUGGUUCAGUGGUAGCAAGGUACCAGAGAAAAGUAUUAAUGAAUUAAAGAACACCUCUGGACUGCUGUAUCCACCAGAGGCGCCAGAGCUCCAGAUUAGGAAAAUGGCAGACUUGUGUUUCUUAGUGCAACAUUAUGAUCUGGCAUACAGCUGCUACCAUACUGGAAAGAAAGACUUCUUAAGUGACCAAGCAAUGCUUUAUGCAGCGGGGGCACUGGAAAUGGCGGCAGUAUCUGCUUUUCUUCAGCCUGGGGCUCCCAGACCUUAUCCUGCUCACUACAUGGAUACUGCUAUCCAGACAUACAGAGAUAUUUGCAAAAAUAUGAUUUUGGCAGAAAGGUGUGUGCUGUUGAGUGCUGAAAUUUUAAAAAGUCAAGGCAAAUAUUCAGAAGCUGCUGCCCUUUUGAUAAGACUGACAAGUGAGGAUUCAGAUCUGCGAAGUGCACUUCUUUUAGAACAGGCUGCACAUUGUUUUAUUAACAUGAAGAGCCCAAUGGUGAGGAAGUUUGCUUUCCACAUGAUUCUAGCUGGCCAUCGGUUUAGUAAAGCAGGACAGAAAAAGCAUGCAUUGCGCUGUUACUGCCAGGCAAUGCAGGUAUACAAAGGGAAGGGAUGGUCCCUGGCAGAGGAUCAUAUUAAUUUUACUAUUGGCCGUCAAUCGUUCACCCUCCGCCAGCUUGAUAAUGCGGUCUCUGCCUUUAGACAUAUUCUAAUAAACGACAGCAAGCAGCCUGCAACACAGCAAGGAGCAUUUCUGCGAGAGUAUCUGUUUGUUUACAAGAAUGUGUGUCAGCAGUCACCAGAGAGCCCUUUACCGCAGCUUCCUUUGCCAUAUAUUAAUACUUCCUCCACUCGAGUCUUUUUUGGGCAUGACCGGCGGCCAUCUGAAGGGGAAAAGCAAGCUGCAACACAUGUGAGUCUUGAUCAAGAAUAUGAUGCAGAAUCAUCUCAGCAAUGGAAGGAGCUGGAGGAGCAAGUUGUAGCUGUAGUAAAUAGGGGAGUCCUACCUUCGAAUUUUCAACCGACACAAUAUUGUUUAAGCAGCAAUUCGGAUAAUUCCAAAUUUCCUCUCUCAGUAGUUCAAGAGCCAAUAACUGUAGAGGUGUCCUUCAAGAAUCCAUUGAAGGUUCCACUUUUGUUGACAGAUUUGUCUUUGCUGUGGAAAUUUCAACCAAAAGACUUUAGUGAAAAGCAUAAUGGAGAAGUGAAAGAAGCAAUAACCAAUGAAAGAGAUUUGGUCCCAAAGGGUGUAACUAGCAAUGAUGUAAUUGGGACAGAAGAAAUAAGUGAAUUUUUUAUUAACAGUGAAGAAACAAAAAUUGCGAGAUUAAAACUAUUUCCAAACCAGACUGGAGAGCUGCAUAUUCUUGGUAUUGUCUACAAUCUUAGCACUGUUCAGAGUUCCACUGGUGUGGAUGGAUUAGCAACUACAAACAGUCUUUCAGCAGGCAAGUUUAUUUCAAAUGGAAUGUCAGUCAGGGGGCGUCAGGAGUUGGAAAUACAAGGUCCUCGACUGAAUGGUACAAAAGAGGAAAAAACAUCUAUUCAGUAUGGACCAGAUCGUCGCUUGGAUCCAAUAAUUGCACCACAAAUGCCUUUGCUCGAGGUGUUCUUCAUAAACUUCCCCACUGGACUGCUUUGUGGAGAAAUUAGGAAAGCGCAUGUUGAGUUUGUGAAUGUGAGCAAGUCUCCACUGACUGGACUAAGGGUUGUCUCCAAAAGACCAGAGUUUUUUACCUUUGGCAGCAAUACAGAAGCACUGACACCUCUAAGUCCAGCAGCCUCAAUGAACUGCAGUGCUUAUAAGACUGUUGUCACCGAUUCUACCUCUAGGUGUUCAGUGCUUACAUCUUCUGUUACUCCAUCGGAUUUCGGAGUGGGUGGUGGAAACCAGUCGGAUGUUAUUGAGAUUCCCCUCACUGACUCUGUUCUUGCUCCUGGAGCAUCUGUUCAGCUUCCAUUGUGGUUACGGGGACCUGACGAGGAAGGAGUUCACGAAAUAAACUUUUUGUUUUAUUAUGAAAGCACAGAAAAGCAUUCAAAAAUGCGACAUCGUGUUCUGCGUCACAAUGCAGUUAUAUGCACCAGUAAGUCCCUGAAUGUUCGAGCAUCAGUUUUUAGAAGCAAUGCACUUGAGGAUGAAGAGAAUGAAGGUGGCAAUAUGCUAGUAUUUGUGGAUGUGGAAAAUAUGAAUACAAGUGAAGCGGCUGUUAAAGAAUUCCAUGUAGUACAAGUUUCGAGUAGCAGCAAGACCUGGAAGCUCCAGAAGUCUGUCAAUCCUGCAGACGACAAGGAUACUAAGUUAACCAGCAGGGAGAGGGCCAAGAUGUGUUUUAAAGCUGUAAGAUGCAAAUCCUCUCUAGGAUCUGCAGCACCAACAGAAAGAUAUACAUUUGGUGACAUUGUCUUUGGAGAUGAACAGAUUGUUAGUUCAACUACUCCGUGUGCAGAUUUCUUUUUCCAAAGCUGCUUAAGUCAACCGCUUGAUAAAAAUCAGACUUCACACACAGACAGGCAUGGAAAGUCAACAGUGGACAAGGCUGUCAGACUGAUACAGAAGUGCAGUGAAGUUGAUCUAAAUUUGAUCAUUCUGUGGAAGGCCUAUGUCAUUGAAGAUAAUAAACAGCUUAUCUUGGAGGGCCAGAACCACGUGUCCCUGAGUACUGUUGGGGCAGAAGCUUUGUCUUUCCCUCAGAAGCAGGAACAGCCAGAAAUGGUUCUCUUGAAAUUCACUCGGUCUGAAAAUAAUGCUGCACUUGUCACACCAUCACCAGAACAGCUUUCCAACCUAAUAAAAACAAGUCUUCACUAUCCAGAAUCUUUCAAUCACCCAUUCCAUCAGAAAAGCCUUUGUUUAGUUCCAGUGACACUUGUGCUUUCCAACAGUUCUCAGGCUGAAGUGGAUGUUAUUGUUGACCUCAGGCAUAAAGCCAGAAGCCCCGAAGCAGUGGAAACCCACGGUUCCUUUACCUGGCUUGGGCAAACCGAAUUUAAACUGCAGCUGAGAAGCCACGAAGUGGUCACUUUGCAACUGAAGGCUUGUUUUUUGCACACGGGAAUCUACAACCUUGGGACUCCUCGGGUGUUUGCAAAGCUGGCCAACCAAGUCACUCUGUUUGAAGCAAGUCAACAGAGUUCAAUGCCAGCGCUUAUUGUUAUCAACAAUGUCUGACUGCUUGUCUCUCCAGCAACAAUGGGAAGGGAUGGGUCAGUUUAAUGUUAGAUAUACCGUGUUGUCGUGGAAUAAAGGGAUGAAAGUCACGCCUCCUUUAAUGUCCAACAUGCAGGCGAUUCCGUAGGAACCAAUAGAAAAUUUUAAAUUGAAUAUUCACAGUUUCUAUAUGCAAGAUAGUUGGAACUGAUCAGCUCCUGUCAUUCAUCUGUACAGAGAAUUACUUUUAACCUUGCCAAGGAAAUAGCUUUUUCUUGUUAAGUGGUGGAUGCAUUCCUUACAGAUGUAUAUACAGAAAGAGAAUUGGAAGUACAACCGCUCAUUCUUUUGUUUUAUAAGUUCUGCCAUGUUACUUUCAUUUGCCCUUUGGUUUUGUCAGUUCUGUGCCCUUAUGGGUUCGUUCUAGAGUAUCGAAAUAUUCAGCUCGUCGACAAACUCUCAAUCUUGAUAUUCUCAAGCCCAUUUGUUAACAGAGAUUCAUCUCAGUACUCGGUGCACUAUUUCACGACUCAAGCUAUCCACUUUAUUAUUAUUUACCUCUUAACGAUUGAGUUGAUCACCUCAAUUUAAUUAAAAUAUGCUUUUCAAUAAACGAUGUAUUAUAUUUAUAACAAAUGUAUUGUAUAUAGAAUAAAACAUACGCCAUAUUUGCUGUUCAGAGACUUUCUUGCAUAUAAUAGACGGUAAUAUAUACUAAUUAUUGCUUAAUCCUGUUAAUGAUAUGACAAAUGUAUAUAAGACAUUAAACGUUUUAACGAGUCUGUGAGUAAACACAUGUAAAUAUCUCUUA